UAUAUAAUAAUAAUAAUGCCACCACCAAUAAAUAAGGAAGCACCAUUGCUAUCAGGUUUUUAAAAGCAUGAUUUACGCUUGGUUUUGCCCGAUUGCCCCUGCUUGGCGUCUUCUGAAAAAGGUGUGUGUGUGUAAUUAUAUAUAUGCCUUGUGGUGCUGGAUUGUGCAGGAAGUGCAAAGAAGUGAACGUGGACCAUCUGAGGACAUCUGCUAAUUUUAAUUUCUGACUCGGUCGGAUGUGGAAAGCCACAGAGGUCUUUUGUUCAGUUGUUAAACCUUUCCCGGUUUCUAACCAGCGGCGCAAUGAAAGAGCUGCUUUCUGAUUUAGCUAUUCAAUGGACUAAAGGUCAAAUUCCAUCUUAAUUUUAACGCGGAUUAAAAAAAAAAACUGUUGGGAGAGCUGUGUAGAUUGCAUCCAAAUAAUAAAUAUAUAUACAUAUAUACUGCUUAGAAAAUUAAGGUCAAGUGAUACACCUAAAUUAAUUAAAGAUGAAGGAUAUUUCCUGUUCACUUAUUUUAGCUUAUCCUUGAUUGUAUAACGUACAUCUCUAUUUAAAUCCUGAACAUACGUACAUGUUUUAGGUCUCUAAUUGUGCACAGAAUGUGCUGAUCUUACAGUGACUGAAUUACCGAACAUGACUAAUUUUCAAAUAAUUGUAGGGUGAAUUUUAGUGUAAAUCUUGUGUAUGUGGUUAUGUGAUUUGUGUGUUAUUCUUGUUUGCCUUGUGCAUUAUAUUCUUUUAAAAUAUGAUUUUUCUUUGUAUUGGAUGCUCAUGUUAAAACAUUCUAAAUUGGUCCAGUAGGAUGGAUAUGUGGGUGUGUGACUACACAGAGAUAGGACUAAUUGAAUAGCUUAUGUUGCCUUCAGAAGUCAAAGAGUAUUCCUUAACAAGUUAUCUGCUUGUAACCAGAAUGAUAAAAGAAAUACUAUUUUCAAAUAAAACAGGCAAUGGCAUCUUAAGUGCCAAUAUAUUCAACCUAAGUGUAUGUAAGAGAGAUGGUAGACAGGAGACAGGUAAGAAAAUGCAAUAGAUGUCAAGGUAUGAAAAUAUCUGGGUUGAUUUGCAAUCAGUUGGUCAAAGCUGAUGUAACUUUUCAUAUACAAUUUUGGGGAACAGCUCUUUCCCUCCCCUUCUGCAAUAGAUAACAGAUCUAGCAAUUGUUAUUGACAUGUAAGAUGAUACUUUCUACCCAUAAAAUUUUCUGUAAAUAACUUUCCAUUGAGCUGAUUUAAAAUAAGCAGUCUCUCUAUUUUCAGAUUGAUGUUUAGGAUGUGUUAAUUGCUUUUUAGUGGUCUGUGAACCCAGUUAUAAGUAUUCCUGAAUAAGAAUUGGUUGUGUUUCUUUAAAAAAAAAAACUUGAACAAAUUCCUCUAGUAUAGAAAAAUAAAUAAAUAAAUGGAAAAUUCUUUAUUCUGUGGAAGGAUAUAAAAAACGAGAUUGUAUUGAUUGCAAUUAUAUAAACGUAACUUGUAUUAAUUUUUUGACUGAUAUUUUUUUAUUGCUGUUUAGAUUAUGGGUGUCCAAACUUUUGGCUUGCCUAGGCCUCAUUGAGUGAAGGGUAAUUGUCAUGGGCUGCAUAUAAAAUACAUAAUAUAAAUGACAUAAUAAUGUUAAAAGUAUAUGAUCGCAUGGGGCUUCGUUACUAGCUGUAUAUGAUCGCAUGGGGCUUUGUUAUUAGCCUUCAGGGUGAUAAGCAGUUGGACGCUGCUUUAGAUCUUUUUUUUUAAAAAAAAGCUAAUUGUUUCAAAUUGUCUUACAGUGACUAAUGUUGCUGGAACACAACAUUUCAAAUACUUUGUACUGUUAAUAGGUAGGAUGCUGAGUUAUUCUUAUGCAGUAGUUGAUGACCUCUCCCAGUCUGACAGUGGUGUGACUAACCCCGGGAAAGCAUACCUUACGAUGCACAUUUUUCUUUCCCAAUAUUACUUUUCAGAAUUAAAGCAAAAAAGAUGAAUGUCGGGGUUGCUCACAGCGAAGUCAAUCCCAACACGAGGGUCAUGAGCAGUCGAGGAAUGUGGCUCACGUAUGCUCUUGGAGUUGGUUUGCUUCAUAUUGUCUUGCUCAGCAUUCCUUUCUUCAGUGUUCCAGUGGCUUGGACCUUAACCAAUAUUAUUCAUAAUUUGGGAAUGUAUGUAUUUUUGCAUGCAGUAAAAGGAACACCUUUUGAAACGCCUGACCAAGGUAAAGCAAGAUUGCUGACACACUGGGAGCAGCUGGAUUAUGGCGUACAGUUUACAUCUUCACGAAAAUUCUUCACAAUCUCUCCGAUAAUUUUGUAA